AGCGCGUGUUCAAAGUCCAGCCGACACAGGCCGAUACGUACCAGACGACGGAAAUCUAAUGUGAAAUUCAAGAUGGCGGAAUCAACAAGCGAAAAUAGUCAAGAUACAGAAAACGAUAAGGAAGACUUAUACAAAGGAUACGAACACGACUAUGACAGAACUGAAAGACUUUUUAAAGAUUUAGACCGAAAUAAUGACGGGAAAAUCGAUGCUGACGAACUGGCGUCUGGUUUAAAGCGACUUCGAGUCAGACACUCCAAGGGCCAGCUGAAAGUAGGUUUUAUAAUUUAUUUAUCUUCUUUUAAAAAAUGUUAAGCUUUUCUGGAUUAUGCUGCUUUUUCAGCAAGGUACAGCGAGGUGUUUCUUGCCUUGGCUUCUAAUAAACUCCCUUGCUAUAAAGUACAAUGCAACCAAUAUAAAGCUUUAUAAAUUUAUAAAGUAUUAAUAUAUAUAUUAAAAAUAUAUUUUUGUACUGUACAAUAGUUUUAUUUCCAGAGAUAAUCCUGUUAGUUAAGCUUUGAAAAUAAAGUUUAUUUUGAGAUAGCUGAUAUCGUAUUUUGUUCUUAAAAUGUUCUACAAUGCAAAUGAUAUUUUGAAAUAGCUUGGAUAUUUCUUGACGACUGAUGCAUGACAUAUUAACACCAUUAACACCCUGGUAUUGUUUUAUAAUUGUUUUUAGAUUAGCUAAAGAUUUACCUGUUUACUUAACGAUUUAGUGAUAAAAUAAUAUUGUUAUAUACUCUAAAUUUGGUGGCAUGCAGUAUUGUGAAAAACUAGCCAUUCUAAAUGUUGAUCAAAUAUAUAAUAAAGCUCUGGUCAAAUGAGAGUUGAGAAGUGAGAGUUUGCAUGGGAAUUUUCUCAACUCUCAUGCCCUGGUCAAACGAGAACAAGAGUUGCAUGAGAGUUGAGAAACAAGAGUUUGCAUGAGAGUUUUCUCAACUCUCAUGUCCCGGUCAAACGAGAACAAGAGUUGCAUGAGAGUUGAGAAGCAAGAGUUUGCAUGGGAAUUUUCUCAACUCAAAUGCCCUGGUCAAACAAGAACAAGAGUUGCAUGAGAGUUGAUGGGAUAUUACUGUGCACAUGCAAAAACUCGUAUCAACAUUUGAACCAGCUCAAAAUCAAUGAGAACUGGUGGUCAAAUGCAAGUGAGAAUCUCAUCAACUCUCAUCAACUCUCAUCCUUGUUUGACCGGGGCUUCAGUAUUUAUACAUGGUAGUGAAUCGUAGUCAAGCGCUAUCUACCAGAUAGUGAUUUUCAUCUGUUGUAAAAAUGCUUGACAGUCUAUAAAACUACGUAUAUUGACCUCGUAACAUUCAGAUGUCCCCACCUCUAAUUACCUCAUUCUUGGAAGAUUUUGCAAAAUUAAUAAGUUCUCUUCUUUAAGAAAAUAAUGUCACUUGGUGAUCAGAGUAAAGAUGGUUACUUAUCAUUUGAUGAAUUUCUAAAAUAUAUGUCAGACCAUGAGAGAAAAUUGUGGCUGGUUUUUAAGUCUAUAGAUAUAGAUGAUAAUGGUAAGCAAGCCAAUUUUAUCCAACAUUUUUUUUGCUCUAUAGGAAUUGUGUUAGUGACACAAUGAAAAUUGUAGAUUUUCUCUAAUUCUAUGUAUUUUUAUUUAGGUUUAAUCAGUAUAACAGAGCUUAAAAAAGCAUUCAAGAAAAUGAAUCUAGAUGUCACUGACAGUGAAGUACAUUAUCUUUUAAAAUGGUAUGUAUAUCUAGCGAGAAAAUGAUGUUGUUAAUGUUUGGAAAAUAAUACAUAGAAUAUAAAUCUUGUUCCUAUAAGCAGGGAUGUAGCCAGCAUCAAAUGAGUGGAGGGGGGGGGGGCAAUCGUCAAAUGCACAGAGUCCCUCGGAUCAUGCAUUUUAGACAUGUUUCAUGAUAAUCUGAAAGCCAUAGAUUAUGUAUAUUUUAUAUCAUAGAUGAAAACAUUAAGAUGUUACCCCCCCCCCCCCCAGUUUCUCUUCAGUUUUGAAAGAAUUACAAAAUUGAUUCAGAAGAAAAGUGGGGGUCCGGACCCCCCAAUACCCCUGCCGGUGGCUAUGCCUCCUGCCCUGUAACACAUCCUGAAACACAAAUUAUGAGCUUGGAUUAACCCCAUUGCAUUGUCACUGAAAAUAAAAUUGUGUUUAUGUGAUGGUUCUGGACAGUAUGGAUACAGAUGGUUCACUCAAGAUAGACUGGAAUGAAUGGAGAGAAUAUCAUUUAUUAAACCCCAGUGGUCAUUCAAUGCAUGACAUCAUGCAGUUUUGGAGACACUCAAGUGUAAGUUACAUGUAAUUAUCACAGGUCUAGGAGUGUGCCAUAGAGUGCUGUUCACCUACCAUACAAAUUCUGGGCAAUGGCCCUCCAUUGACAAAAUAAAGCUACCCAGCUUACAAUAAUAUUCAAGAUUUAGGGAUAUGUUGAUGAUAGACAAUGCACUGUCUCUGGAAAAUCAGCUCUUCCCCUCCCUGAAAAACCUAACCCCCUUCCCUUCCUGGAAAAUCUGACCUUCCCCCUCCCUGGAAAAUCUGGCUUUCCCCUCCCUGGAAAAUCUGACCUUCCCCCAUCCCUGGAAAAUCUGGUUUUCCUCUCCCUGGAAAAUCUUACCUUUCCCCUUCUUGGAAAAUCUGACCUUCCCCCUCCCUGGAAAAUCUGGCUUUCCCCUCCCUGGAAAAUCUGCCCUUCCCCCUCCCUGGAAAAUUUGACCUUCCCCCUCCCUGGGAAAUCUGACCUUCCCCCUCCCUGGAAAAUCUGACCUUCCCCCUCCCUAAAGCCCUCUGGGUAAUCUGCGACCCAAUAGUCCCCCACCCUCCCUGAAAAACGUGCCCAACUACUUCCCUGAAAAGUCUGCCCUCUACCUGAAAAACCUUCCCCCCUGGAACUCUCUCUUUCUCCCACACACCCUCCCCUUAAAAAACCAGCCCCCUCCAUAGAGGCCCCCUCUUAGCGGACCAUCUGUCCUCCUGCCCGAUAAGAGCGCAGUCUGAUACUAAGUAUAUUUGCCAGUACAUAGAUAUAGGAGAAGACUUCACAAUUCCAGAUGAGUUUACAGUUGAAGAAAAAGUAACAGGAAUGUGGUGGAGACAGUUGGUAGCUGGUGCUUGUGCUGGAGUAGGUAACUGACGUUCAUUGCAAAAUAUUUUCAAUAUCAAGAACAAACAGGCUUUGUACAGUUAGAUUUGAGAAAUAUGUUCCUCGUUGUUUUCUAGUGUCUAGAACCUUUACUGCUCCACUGGAUCGGUUGAAAGUCUUACUACAGGUUGGUAAAAUGUUCUGGUUCGCUCAAAUGGCAAGGUUGGAAACUCUAAUAUAUAAACCUAGCCCUUAUCUGAUGAAGAAUAUAUAUUCAAUGAUUGAGUAAAAUUUGUUUGUCUUCGACAAAAGAUUGUAUUAUAUUGAAAAUUUUUGAAGUAAUAGAUAGUAAUAGACAAAGCUGAGCUGCCGUGUUUUUUUCGGAUAUACAAACUCGAGCCGAAGGCAAGGAUGGUCUUGAUGACAACAUUCUUCAACAAUUUAAAGUAAAUGAAUGAUAUUUGGUGAGGAUUUAUGUAAAUCAGCAUGAUUUUGUAUCAGAUAUACAAACUCCUUUACGAUCGUGAUUUCUUUUGUGUUUUCUUCGUGAAUUAUUAAUGAGUUUCACAACUUAGAUUAUUAAUGGUCAGGCGAGUGACAACAUGAGUUUUAAACUCCCGUUUCGUUUCAGGUGAAGGCGACAGGCAGAAACAAUCUAGGAGUGUUUUCAGGCAUGCGUAAGUUGGUGGGGGAAGGUGGAGUGAGGUCGCUAUGGCGAGGAAAUGGUGCAAAUGUUAUCAAGAUUGCGCCUGAAUCUGCUGUCAAGUUUUUUGCGUAUGAAAAGGUAGUGUGUAUUUGAUGAGUUUCUGUUACAUAGUGAUUCACUUCAGAAUUCUAUGCAAGUAAGUAGGUUGCGUAAUCAUCUUUACUCCCAGCGGAAUUGCGAACAACGUAGCUCAAUUUGAUCGAGUGAAGGCUUUCUAAGGGCGCCCCUGACAUGAUGACUUUUGUCUGAACACGGAGCACAGUUAUUGUGGAAGGGUCAGUUAGGGGGCUAAUCCCAACCAUGGUUGUUACAAGACCUGGUUAGGAAACCCGGCAAACUUCAAAGAAAUUAGGCUAUAAACAAUCAUGGAGGUUGAACAGUCUGUUUAACCCUGCACAUAUUGGUUUUAAUCAAUGAGAAUUGACCAAACGAUGUAACACAAACAUUCUCCAUCGAAAAAUGGUAUUAAUACUUCGUUAUUGGCAAAAUAUGUCGUAAGAUAUAGCUCAAGGGCCGGUUGUUCAAAGGUGGGUUAGCGCUAACCCUGGGUUAAAAUUUAACCUGCUAUUUUAGUUUGUGUAUUUCUACACGUCUGUUUAUUUCAAAACUUCAGAGAAGUAAACUCCUAUCGAUCCAGACAAGAUCUCUGAAGAAAUAUUUCCAAAUUUAUAGACAAGCAGUCAGGAAGUUUGCUUUGAAUUUUACGUUAACCUAGGGUUCAGCUAAACCAGCUUUGAACAACCAGCCCCUGGUAGGCAAAACAAACAGUUAGUACCCAUUCCUUACGCCAAGCUGUCUGAACUGACUAUUGUCAAACAAUAGAAAGACAAAGGAUUUUUAACCGUGACCCUGCACAAGGUACACAAUCACCUAAAACAAAGGGUUUCUAAACCAUGUCAUAUAUAUUUACUAAGUCCCAACCCACCCUGUUAACAUUCAUUGUGGGAGGAAACCCACGACUUUCGGUAGAGAGUUGACACUCUUUCACGUGAAUGUCUUGAGUCUUGAACGAGAAUCCAUCUCAGAGGUGAAAGUCGCUUGCUUUGAUGAUUGUGCCACCGAGUUAAACAUUUCUCAUUUCUGUUCAUUUGCCUCCAAAUACAAAACCACUACAUAUAAGCGACUACAUAUAAGUAACUGCUAGGGUGGGCUGGAGGUAAAUCACAAAUUUUGCCAAUAAGUUUGGUGACCCAUCUUAGGAUGUAGAUAAAAAUUUCAAAGCCCAUCUAAUCUUGCCAAAUUUAUUUCAUGACCCACCCACCCAAUCUAAAUUGGGAAAAUACACUUUUAUAAUAAAAAAACUUGCAGGUAUGAACAUUGUAAAUAUACACCGGCACUGUAUUGACAUACAUAAUUCCACCAAGCUUGACGAACACAUUCAUCACCACUGAUUCGAUCACUUCUUGUUGUAUAAAACAAAGUACUGGCUUCAAUAGCAUCAUAUUUGCAUUUGAUAAUUUGGAUAGUUUUGUUUACUUUUAUUAUUAAUAUCUUUAUAUAAUAUAGAAUUAACAUGGGUUUUUGUUUGGUGGCCCAACCGUGGACAUGCCAAAAAAUUGGCGGCCCAUCGAAACUGCCCAAAGAUUUUCCAUGGCCCAUCCCAAAUCUCUCCAGCCCACCCUAGCAGUUAUUUUAUGACUGGUCCCUAACAACAACAACAUCUACUGUACCUUACUGAAAGUCAAACUUACUAGAAGUAUCCAUGCCUUAUCUUUAAAUGUAAAACAAUAUUGUAUUGCGUUUUAAAUUCUUAUUUGUCUUAUUCUUAUCACAAAAAUUUCAACCCCAUAAUCUUUUUCCAGGCUAAGAAAUUAUUUAUGACACACGAUGGGCAGAUAGAACCAUGGCAAAGACUGAUUGCUGGAUCUUUAGCGGGCAUUGCUUCACAAUCGUCAAUUUACCCCAUGGAGGUAAGGCGCUGUUCUGGUGAAGAAACUACCGGAAAAAGAUAAAAUACAAUUCCAUAAGUAAAAUAUUUUAUUGCCUCCAUUACUGAAGAGUUGCAAAAAAAUUUAAAUAGUUAUGUAUAUAGAUAAAAUAUAAGAAAAAUGUCCUCAAGCUAAUUUGCAUAUCAAUUACACAAUCUCAACUACAGUCAAUGGAAACCUCUCACCCAAAGGGUUCAAAGAGUGAAUUUUGCAUUUACUCAGCACAGUACCAUUAUAUCUCAGAUAAGUUAUCUGUGGUCCACGUCCACCAAUACUCUCUCUGGGUAGUAGUGUUCAUACAAUAUAGAAGAGCAUGGUGUACAGGAUUGAUCACACACCUUUGACAGAAGGAACAAUUAACAGGAACAGUUAUAGUUCUCAAUUCUGAUACCAUCGAUUUUGGGAGAACCAAACAACAACUCAAAUAAUACUUAACUAAGUUCUACGAAUAGUGUUUCGAGCGAGGAAGUUAGUAGCAUUAUUUGACGAAGGACACGUUCGAGUUUCAAGAGAAAGCCCGCGAGGAGUUUUGACUACGCGCUCGCUAUUCUAAUGAGCUGAAUUUUCUCUUGUCUCAGGUGUUGAAAACGCGGCUGGCGUUAGCAAGGACAGGACAGUAUAAUGGUCUACUACACGCUACUAAAGUCAUCUUGAAGAAAGAGGGUAUUCGAAGUUUCUAUAGAGGACUGGUGCCUAGCUUGAUAGGAAUAAUACCGUAUGCUGGUAUAGACCUGGCUGUAUACGAGGUAAACGAUUUAUUUUAAUCUGAUUAUUUAAAUCCGCUUUGGACAAAAUAUUUUAAGAAAACGCGAUCAUCCCUUCAUCCUACUUAAGUCAGAACUUGAAGGUUUAAGCGGUUUUUUUUGUAAGUAUAUGUCUGUUUGACUAUUUUUAGUUUUUGAUGCAUGCGUAUAAAUUAUCUUAAAUUAAAAGCUGAACAGUUUUGAGCUAAUAGAGCUAUCCGUUAUAAAGUUGGUUUAAUUUCAGUUUAUAUUUGCCUUUAUUGCAGACUGUGAAACAAAGAUGGUUAAAUUACCACAAGAAUGAAUCAGCAGACCCGGGAGUGUUGGUUUUACUAGCAUGUGGAACGAUAUCUAGUACUUGUGGUCAACUAGCAAGCUAUCCUCUCGCUUUGAUCAGAACUAAACUUCAAGCACAAAGUAAGUGCAAGAACGUUUUUCUCCGUCACAUAUAACUAAACUAGUUUAGCCCCCCCCCCCCUCAAGUCUGAAUUUGAACUCACCCCUACAGUAGACGUUUGAGUUCAGUCACAUCACUGAGCUCUAUAUAUAACUGGAGUCGAGUGAAGUCCAGUUUCGUGAACCGCGCAUACAAAAACAAUAAAAAGGGACUGGAACUGACGUCCAAUAGCUCCUUCAAUUUCCGCCAUCUUGGCAAGGAGUGUGCCGAAAUUUCGAAUUUUGACUUCGAUUUAAAGAAUAAUAUGAUGAUUUUAUGAACUGAAAACUUGAUUAGCAAUACGGUCCGUUAGAAAAAACUACAUUUAGUUGGGAAAUAUGGUAUAAAAACUGUUUACGACGUUCGUAGAAAUUGGACGUCAAUGGCCGCCAUCUUGGCUUCACUUGUUUCAUAGACCGAAUGAGUGAAGUUCUUACUUCAGAUUGCUCCAGAUUAUAGAGAGCUCAGUGGUCAUAAUAAACCUCUGCAACUAACCAUGAUUUCGUUCUUACCUCUAGCGGGUGUAGGUCGUCAUGAAACUGUGCGAGUAUUAGUGUCUAAUAUCUGGCAAGCGGACGGUCUGCGUGGACUCUAUAGAGGGAUUAUUCCAAACUUUAUGAAAGUAAUUCCUGCAGUCAGUAUAAGUUAUGUUGUUUAUGAAAAACUACGGACAUCACUUGGCGUUGCACCCAAACAUUGAGAGAGCAGCUAGGACAGCAGCAAAACGAACAAAAUAAGUUACCAGACAGGGGUGGGUUGUAUGAAGGCCGGAUAGCGCUAUCCACAGAAUAGCGAUUUUUUCAACCUUUGUAAAAUGCUUGAAAAACUGUGAAACUACGGAUAUAGACGACACAAGAAGUAUAAAAAACAUUAUCUUAUAAAUACUAAACUUUAAUACGAGAUUUAACAAAGCUUGAAAAAUCACUGUCUGGUGGAUAGCGCUAUCCGGCCUUCGUACAACCGGCCUCAGAAACAGAGCAGCUUCGAUAAGGGCUGUGCAUUUGUUAAGUCUGGUUUACACACUAUCAUUGUUUCUGUGAUCACAUUAGGAAUUUUGCAUGGGUAAAUUGUAAGUUUAGAUAGAUAGAGUAUAGGCAAUAUAGCAGCUACGUUAACUCGCAAGAGUCGACUUCACUGAUGAAUUAGUACCAACUUCUAGAGCUGUACAAGUUGUCGUUUUGCUGCCGUCCUAGCCUUUGCUUUCUCUUGAUAUCAUGCAACUAAUAUAUCCUCAUGAUGCGAAAAUAUCCGCUGGGAUGGUCCAGGAUAACGCUGACUGCGGAGUCACCCGUUCCACACGUUGUAACCAAUAAUUUAUUGGCGUUGUAAUGCCGUUGUAUGCCAUGAAGUAUUGGGUUGUAACUGAAGACAAAACCACAAGCAUUAUUAGACAAAAGUUUUAGUUAUAAAUGUAAUUGGCUUAGCUUGGUGGAUGGUGGAGAGGCGGUAGGGUAUUUUCCCCGGAGGGGUAGCGGGCCGCCGGCUUUAGGGUUAGGGGUUAGGAGGUUAGGGGUUAGAGGUUAGGAUUAAGGUUUGGAUUAGGAUUAACGUUUGGAUUAAUCGUAGACCCAUUACAACCCAAUACUUUAUUGCAUACAAUGGCAUUACAACGCCAAUAAAUUAUUGGUUACAACGUGCGGAACGGCUGGCGGAGUAGUGUCAAUAUUGAAAUCAUCGAUCAAAUUUAUCCUCCGUGAGUAUACGAUAAUCGGAUAUUAGACCAGGUAGGCAAUAUGGCGUCAUCGCAUUUCAUUUCAACUGGUUGAAAUUGAACGAAGAAUUCAUAUUGUUAUGGCCAUGCAUUUAAAACGAUAAACAUAUGUUUAAAUUACUUAAAAUGCGUUUUUACGCUUAUAUUUAUAUCCAAUCAUGUAUAUACGUAUAAAGGCGAAUAUAUAAAGAAGCGAGUUAAACAG